GACUGUAACCCGUACUCCUUCCUUCCUUUCUCGGUUAGCACUAACCUCCUUCUCACCCAUUCCAUCCCACUGUCAUUCAUCCAUCAUCCUUCCACCUGGUCAGUGAAUGUUGUCAGACUAUCUAUUCUUCCCGUUUCUACUCUUGUGUCUCGAAAUACCUUUUACAACCCCCAUCGCAUCUACACAUCCUUUCUGGUCGAUAUCGUCUUACUCGAACCAUCCCAAAUACUGUAUGCGGACACAACGACCAAGAACCUCAAUCAUUGCAGCCCUCUUGGCCUUGGAAAAGUCAAAAUAUGGCAGUCAUAUUGUACGUCUAUCCCUAUCACAUCUCCGUCCUUCUCGCACUCUGACUCGUCCUCCAGUUAUUGCCCAUGGCGGCGACGCUAUAUAAGAGAGCGGAGGUGGAUACACCUAUGUUUUUAUCUGGGGUGACACUUUGGUACUAUAAUGCGCCAAUCUUGCUGAUGCCAGAGUUCCAAAGCGGGACUCUUUAAAAUGAUGUCCACAUA